AAUUAAUCAGAAACCAAUGCGGUAAGAUUGAUAGCGACUAGUUAAAAAGAGAAAUAAUUACAAAAAUUAUAUAGUCACGAAGCGUUAUUGGAAAAUUUUUAUUUUGAUUGCAAAAACAUAAACAUUAUAUAGUUACAUACAUACAACAGUAUAAAUCUCGCUCUCUAGAUAAACAUAUGUACAUAUAUCCGCUUUAUCAUGCAAUAAACUGCAAAGUCACAAUGAACACAUGGAAUUUUUGCACCGUCAUCAUAUGCAUACACACCUGUAUUUAAGUUAUUCUCUACAGAUACAAGCUCCGAUAAAUACCACAAAAGCCAAUGGCUGUAUUGUUGCUGAACUACGAUGAGAGCAAAGUACAAAAUCAAGCGUAUUAAGUGAAAGCCGCGCAUAGUGAAGAGAAACAGCUGAAAUGAAACGGAUGAACCUGAAUUAAUAAAAAACAUUAAAAAAUUUCAAAUAAAUUAAAGAAUUGUAAUAUAAUAUAUUAUUCAAAUAAUAAAAAGAAAAUAUAGGGGAACAUAGUUGUUUUGCAAAAUUCGUCUCGUUUACGCUCGAAAAUUAAAUUUUUUUCGAAAUUAUUUAAAUGAAAUUUAAUUGCACUCAAUUAAUACAAAUAAAAGUAACGAUUAACUCGUGUAACGUAUCCGAAGCGUAGUACACCUUCAAAAUAAUUAUAUAUGCGCUUGAAAUUGCUUAUCAGUUCUAAUAAAAACAAUUGCCGCAUCAAACGGCGAACACAGUGCAAAAAGCAAGUUUCUCGGCGUCACAUUUGUUAAAACCGCUCCGUGUCAAUUUGCUCUUUGCUAGCUCAUCAACCCGAUCGUUCGUCACAACAGCUGUUUUCCGUUAGUUUGUGCUCGAACGUACGCCGAAGAGUGCGCCUGUGUUUUUCACGCGAAGUGCUAGUAAACGAAAACUUGCACAAAGCAAAAGUGCGAAGAAUACUAUAAAGGAAGUGAUUGCAAAAAUACAAAAACAAAAUAAACAAUAAAAAUGACGUUUUUAUCACUUUGGAUACCAGUGUAUCUCUUCAUUGCCGUCGCAACGCUGCUCGUUGUGUGGUUGCGCAAGGGGCUCAACUAUUGGGCGGAGCGUGGUGUGGUGUACGAUAAACCCUCGCUGCUCUACGGCAAUAUGGGCGGUGUGGGACGUACACAGACACUACGUGACCCUUUCCACAAUUUCUAUCAGAAAUAUAAACAUGCUGCGCCAUUUGGCGGCUUCUAUUUGUCGCUGCGUAAAGCGGUCGUCCUCUUCGAUCUAGAUUUGAUCAAGAAUGUUUUGGUAAAAGAUUUUGCGAAUUUUAUUAAUCGCGGUAACUACUAUAAUGUGAAAGACGAUCCGAUUUCAGGGCAUGUUUUCAACUUAGACGGCGCGAGUUGGCGGCACAUGCGCGCUAAGCUCACGCCCACUUUUACAUCGUCCAAAAUGAAGUAUAUGUUCCCAACGGUCGUGGCAGUCGCGAAGGAGUUCGUUAAGGUAUUGCAACAGGAGACGACAACUCUUGCAAAGUCUGAUGCGUCUAGGCAAGGCAUUGAAAUAAGAGAUCUGUUGGCGCGUUUCACCACCGAUGUGAUAGGUGGUUGCGCCUUCGGCCUCGAGUGCAAUAGUCUGCACGAACCGAAUACGGAGUUUCGUGUUAUGGGCAAAAAGAUUUUCUCACAACGUCGGCAUGGACGUUUAGUCUUCGCUUUCGCACAGGCCUAUCCGAACUUGGCGCGCAAGUUAGGAGUUAAAAUGACGCCAAAUGAUGUUAGUACAUUUUUCCGCAAAGUUGUACACGAUACGGUCUCGUAUCGCGAGCAGACUGGCAUACAACGCAACGAUUUUCUCAACCUAUUGCUGGAACUAAAAAAGCAAGAGAGUGGCCUGAGUUUAGAUCAAAUCGCUGCACAAUCGUUUGUGUUCUUUAUCGCUGGUUUCGAAACGAGUUCGAGCACGAUGAGUUUUGCGCUCUAUGAGCUGGCGUUGCAUCCGGAAAUUCAAGCGAAGGCGCGCGAUGAGAUUGAGUCUGUGUUGGCGCGUUACGGUGGCGAAAUUACAUAUGAGGGUGUGCGCGAUAUGCAAUAUUUGUACCAAAUAUUUUGCGAAACACUACGUAAAUACUCAAUUGCUUCGAUAACUAUGCGUAAAACAAUGAACGAUUAUCAUGUGCCGAAUACGAAGCAUGUCAUCGAGAAGGGUCUUAUCGUUGUUAUACCUAUCGAUGCCAUUCAUCGUGAUCCCGAAAUCUAUCCCGAUCCAGAACGUUUCGAUCCCACACGUUUUGAACCCGAAGCCGUAGCUAAACGUCAUCCCAUGACUUGGCUGCCGUUUGGCGAGGGUCCACGCAAUUGUAUUGGCCUACGUUUUGGUAAAAUGCAAGCAUUGAUUGGUUUGGCUUUAUUACUCAAAAAUUUCAAAUUUACAUUGGCCCCUCAGACAAAAGUGCCGCUCGAAAUCAAAAAGGAUAGCUUCGUGUUGAACAGCAAGGCUGGCAUUCAUUUGAAUAUAGAGCCGAUCACUAACUCUUAAAGUUUUAAGCGAGUAUUUUAUUUUUUUAACUUUAUAGAAUAAAUAAAUUAUAAAUAAUUAAAAAUUA